AUGAAUCCCGUAGAAUGGGAGCAGGAGUUCGAAAAAAUCAUUGUUUUUCGAAAUACGGUUUUUAAAGGUGAACACAGCCGGAUUGAGGUCCCAGAAGAAGCUAAAUUAAAUUUUUUAAAGGAGAAGCUUUCAAGCUCUUUGAAAAGAGGGAGUAAAAAGCGGGAACACCCACAAAACCGUGGAUUACAAGAGGAGACCAGCUUGGAAGUGAAGGAUUCAGAACCAAAGGUUCAUGAAUCCUCUGGUUCGAAGAGGUCAAUAAGUGAGACUCCACUGAUAGAGGAAUUGAAGCCUGUAUCUAGCGAGCUUACAAAUAUUCCUGGAUUGGGAUUAUCUCGAGUACAAAGGUCUGAAGGAUCAUUGGAGGCACUACGUCGGGAACAUGUGGAUUCAAAUCAAGAAAAGAAUCAGAAAGACAAUAAUAAUGUGGCGAAAGAACAUGUGGAAGGAGCACCUCUUUCGCCUUCAGGCUUACCCGUUGUUUCUGAUGUGUCAUAUAAAAAUGCAACUUUAGAAGACGCAGGGAAGCCUGAGAAAACCGAGGACCAAAAGGAUUCUUCGCAACUUCAAUUAUUUGUUAGUAAAAGCCUUGAACAAAUAGACAUGAAAUCUGUUAAGCAAGCGUCUUCUUUCAAAGACUCCCAAACUGCUUCCGAUAUACCAUCUCCUCCCAUGUCUGCGUUUGCGCCUUCUCGUGUUUCUGCACCAUCUCCUCCACGUGUUCCCACUUUCUCCGUUCCAAGCUUGAAACAUAUUCAAUCACCUGUGAAUGAAUUGUCUUCCGCGAAUGCCGAUAAACUUCCGACGCAUAUUCGAUUUCCUUCUCCGCCUCCAUCGGCAGCAAUUCAGCAACCACCUAAGAAGGUUUAUUCUUCAUCUUUAAAGGAUGAGGUUGCGAAUGUAACCGUCAAAGAUGAGGAAUUAUCACCUCGACCUCCUCCUCCGGAGACACUGUUUAGCUCGUCACAACCUUCGAAUCAGCAACAAGCAUACUCUCCAACUUGGGCACCUUAUGAAGUAAAUCAUCCACAGACCACCAUAAGACGCGUUCCAGAUUUACCUCCCACUGAACUGUACUCUGUUCCCGCUGAUGCUGGGUCAUCGCGACCUACCUAUAGUUCCGAGAUUACCGAAACCAAGGUUCGUUUUCAUCCAUACGAAAGGAAUAUGACGGGAAUGCAUUCUCGUUAUCCUUCUUCCGCUGAAUCUAUAAGCGUUCCCCCUAGAAAUUCGGUAGCACCUCUGCAGUUUGCAUCCUACAAUAGGGAAGGAUCAUAUGUUCCACAGCAUUACCACCCUACAGAAUAUUCAUUGAAGGAUAUGCAUAACUUACCAGCAGCAUCUCAUUAUGGCGACUUUGAAAGUUAUAACGAUCAAUAUAACUCGUCAUCGUCUUAUUCUCCGUAUUAUCAUCAUCGUGUGAGAAGUACAAAUGCUUUUCCUCAGAUGCAAGUACCACCUUCUGCUUCCGGUUACUACAAUCCGUCAGCUGCUGUGAACUAUAGGAGUAUGACUCCAAAUCCUGCGUUUCAUAGUUAUCCCUUGAACGACCCUAGGAACAUCGACUAUCACCCGAAUGGAAGCUACAACUACUGA